AUGUUCCUUCGCUCCCAAUCUCGCACUCCUCGUCGCUCUCCUCCUCUACAGAGACGGCCCUCAGACACUGAGCCUCUCGUCAUCGCCUCUGGUUCCGGCACGCAGAACCACACAGGCACCAACAGCGCUGCUCGCACCAGCCUCAUGAAGAACCUCAACCUCAACAACAACAACUCCUGCCACUACUCUGACGACGACGGCGACUACGACCAGCAGCAAUCCUCCUCUUCCUGUCCAAACAACAUGGACCACAAACACCAUAACAGCCUCUUGAACAGCAACAGCAACAAACUCUCCCACAAACACUCAACAACCUCCACAUUCGAUACCUACUCCACGGCCCCCACGGCCCCCGUUGCCUCCUCCAGCAGAGUAAACAUAACCAACCCCUUCGAAAACCCCUCCCACAUCGUCGAACCCUCACCCUCCGGUUCUUCCACCCCCUCCACCAUCCCCUCCGAUUCAUCUUCUCCCCAACCCCACCACCCCCUCUACCGAACCACUAACGCCCCUUCCGCCUCUCAUCCUCACCCCCUCUCCGCUAGUGGUAGCCACGGCUUAGACGGCACGGUCACCGCCAACGCCGGUUUCACUGCCGGGACGACCAACCAUGGCCUGCCGAUUCCGGGAGUAACCAACAAGCGAGUCCACACCUCCACGACGAUCUCUUCCAAGAGGUCGGGCAGGUCGACUUCUUCCAAACUCUCGAGGAGGGUGAAGAAGUUCCCACGGGCGGCGAGGAGGGCCGUCAAGAGGUUUCUGAGACGGGUGACGGGGAGGAGCCGGAAGAAGGAGAAGAUGAAGGUUACUUGGACUGCGCCGCAGGUUUGA